CCUGGGAUCAUUGAACUCUUGUUCAACGAGUGCCCAGAAUUGUUUUCAUUGCAGUCUUAGAGAGACGGUGCAACACCUCCAAGCAGCCCUUUAAACAGAGGUGACGCCCUCGGGGAAAUUAAGUAUCCUCUAAGUGAACGAUGGCCGGUGCUGUACCCAACCUGUGUUACAACCGCAGAGAUGUGUUGGACGUGGUCGCAGCUUAUCGCCGUGGAGGUGUGCAAGGCCUUCAAUUGGCCAUCGAUGAUAAAAACAAACAGAUGAGCAACGUGCAUGUUCGGAUUGCGGUGAUGGGGGAGUCUGGAAGUGGCAAGUCGUCCUUGAUCAACGCUCUGCUCGACUUGGAUGAUGAAGAGGCUGCCUCAACCGGGUUUAACGAGACCACCACCGAAAUAACACCGUACUCCCACCCCAGCCUUCCUAACGUCCACUGCUAUGACUUUCCCGGGCUCAACACGCCCAAUUUCCCAGUGAAAGCGUUCAUGAAGAAAACUAAAUUUGCCGAGUAUGAUCUGGGCAUCAUUGUGAUUGAGCGGUGGACGGAUAAUGACCAGUUACUGGCCAAGGCGCUGAAGAAGGCAGGCAAAAGCCUCUAUGUGGUUCGCUCCAAGAUCGACCAAAUUGUCAAAUCAGAGAGGGGCAAGAAGGGUUACAAUGAAGACGUGAUGUUACAGAGUGUGUGGAAAAAUUGCUGUUCCUCGCUGGAGAAAGCAGGGAUAGGGAAGACUCGUGUUUUCUUAUAUUCCAGCUUUGAUUUGAAUGCGUACGACUUCCCCGAGCUACAGAAGACCGUGGUGUCUGAUCUAUCGGAGACACAGAAGCAGCUAUUCCUGCUGUCGCUUCCCAACACAAGCGAAGAUUCGAUAAAUGAGAAACGCGAGGCUCUGCGAAUGAGCAUCGAAUGUAUGGCGGCCAUCUCGGCGGCAAUCGCUGUCAUUCCCGUACCGGGUUUGUCUUUGGCUUGUGACCUGGUGCUCAUUGCCUCCAAUAUCCUGGCCAUGCGGAAGAUCCUGGGCCUGGACAAUGAGUCUCUGGGGAAAUUGGCCAAAAGAGUGGGCAAACGUAAGUAUGAGCUGCGGAGAGACACCAAGCACGCCUGGGUGUUCGGGGAGAUCAACCAGGAGCAGGUGGUGCUGUUACUGAAGAGAAGCACGGUGGCGGCGGUGCUGACAGUCGCCGAGCUCGUCCUCGACUUUGUCCCAAUUCUGAGCUCUGGCUUCGGGGCGACAACGUCGUAUUGGGUGACUCGCAGAAUGCUGACUAAUUCACUGGAAGAAAUGGUGGAAACAGCUAAAAUAGUCCUGAGAAACGCCGAGGCAGCAGCUUCGGCAACUCAUGGUAGAGCCGCGGGUUAUUGACGGGCUUGACAAUGCGACGCAAGUUACCCAGUCCUGGCAACUUCCUCGUGAAUCUUCUCUGGACUCUCUCCAGUUUGACAACAUCUUUCCUAUAACAUCUCAAUGCGGUCUUUCCAACGUCUUAAAUAUCUGUAACAAGAUCUCCCAACUUCAAUACUCUGACUGAUGAAAGCCAAUGUGCCAAAAGCCUUUUUCACCACCUUAUCUACCUGCGAUUCCACCUUCGUGGUGCACCCGUACUAGAUCCCUCUGCUCUACAACACUCCCCAGAGCCCGACCACUCACUGUGUAGGUCCUACACAUGAUGACAUACCAAAAUGCAACACCUCAUAUUUCUCUGUAUCAACCAUUCCUCAGCCCACCUGACCAAUCUAUCAAGGUCCUGCUGCAAUUUUUCACACUAUUUUCGCUAUGUACAAAACCAUCCACUUUCAUAUCAUCUGCAAACUUGCUAAUCUUGCCAUGCAUAUUCUCAUCCAAAUCUUGAUGUUAAUGACAAACAGUAACAGGCCCAGCACAGAACCCUGAGGCACACCACUCGUCAAAGGCAUCCAGUCCAAGAAACAACCUUCCACCAUCAUCCUCUGCUUCCUUCCAUGAAGCCAAUUUGAUAUACAUUCAGCUAUCUCUCCUUGGAUCCUUUGCGAGAUUUUCCAGAGUAGCUUACCGUGCGGAACCUUGUCGCUUAUGCCCAUCUCCGGGAAUUCUUCUUCUUUAUCCUCAGGAAUUGCUCAUGCCCCGAAUCCCUUCAUUCCCUGCUCGCCAAUUUGCCAGGCGUAAAUGCCUCUUAAACACCACUAUUGUAUUUCCUUUCACCACCUCUCUGUGCGAUCCGUUCAAAUUUGCCCGAAAAUUUUAUUUUGUAACAUCCCACCUGCCUUGCAUCUAUUACCUCCAGAAUAGUUAAUUUCCACCCUGAGUGAAAGAUUCUGACUUGGUACACUGGGAGUCACUUUGGAGCCAAUGGUCGCCAUGCUGACACCUUCACAUGUUCUAUUCCUGACCACUUCCCUCUUUAGAUGUUUCUGUGCCUAUCUCGGUGGAUAGGCAAGCCGCCACACACAUCCAAUACAAGCCAGCAGUCUCUCUCAGCUACAUUGAUCAUACUUCGUCCCACCUUACCACCCGAAUGGACUCUGUGCCAUCCUCCCAGUUCUUCCAUCUUUGUCACAUUUUCACUGCACAGAUACCUCAUCAAUAUCUCCGUUCUUCCUGAACCAUGGCUUCCUGUGUACCACAGUUGACCGCAUCAUCUAUUUCCUGCACCUCUACUCUCACCCCAUCUUCAUAGUCAUAGAGUUAUACAGUGUGGAAACAGGCCCUUUGAUCCAACUCGCCCACACCGGCCAACAAUGUCCCAGCUAUCCUCGUCCCGCUUGCCUGCGCUUGAUCCAUAUCUCUCCAAACCUGUCCUAUCCAUGUACCUGUCCAACUGUAUCCUAAACGAUGGGAUAGUCCCAUCCUCAACUGGCAUCUUGUUCCAUAUACCCACCACCCUUUGUGUGAAAAAGUUACCCCUCGGAUUCCUAUUAAAUCGUUUUCCCUUCACCUUGAUCCUACGUCCUCCGGUCCUCGAUUCACCUACUCUGAGCAAAAGACUGUGCAUCUACCCAAUCUAUUCCUCUCAUGAUUUUGUACACCGAUAUAAGAUCUUCCCUCAUCCUCUUGCGUUCCAUGGAAUAGAGACCCAGCCUACUCAACCUCUCCCUAUAGCUCACACCCUCUAGU